AUGGUCUUGCUGACAACCUCGACUUCCGUCAGCGACCGCAUCACGUCGUGGGGCGUCAACAUCUCGGCACAGCCCUGGCGAGAUAGGGCUGAGUCCUACAGCCUCCGGACAUCAAGUUGCGUGGACGUCUGCACCGUGUUGCGGGGCACGCCAAUCCCAUCCCAGCGCCUGCUGCUGGCUCAGACACCGGACAUAAGUCGGAGGCAGCUCAGCGACCCGAGGAUCGCUUCCGUCGUGCUGCGUACGAUGGGCAACGCCCUUUUCUCACACAGAAGGACGGUGAUGGCCCUGGGCGAGUACCAGAAAGCGCUCCGAUACUUUCAGGUCCACCCUGUGCUUCCUGACACGCAUGCCAACAAGCAGCCAUUUGCUUCAGAGUACGUCGCGCUGCGAACGCCGAUCCAGCUCAAUGCUGCCCUAUGUGCAAGCAAGGUGGCGCAAGCCUCGCUCAAAGCCCGAGUCGCGUCGCUCGCCCAGACCGCUCAGGGCCAAACGACAUCGGUCACGCGCGCAUCCAAGUCGACCACCGGGAUGCCGCUCAGCGUCCUGAGGAUUGCUUCCGUCGUGCUUCUGACAUUCGCCCGUCGCUGCACAAGAAAGCAGCGACCGGAUCAAGUCAUGGGUGGUCGAAAUACCCGCCAUUGGACAAGCGAUCUGCUUGCUCUACGAUCCGGUGACGACUGCAUCGCGUCCAGGUUGCGUGGAGGUCUGCACCGUGUUACCGGGCACGCCGAUCCCGUCCCGGCGCCUGCUGUCGGCGCAGACAACGAAAAGGUCACCAACGUCGUGGCCUACUUCAAGGACAAGUACAAUCUCAUCGUUCGUCAGCCGCAUCUGCAGUGCGUCGUUCGUUAG